GCAGGGCAGGGCCACACAAUCACUGAAAACCUGCUGCAGCAGAACAUGAUGGUGCUUUGAGGAAUACUCUACCAUGCAGGCCACCAUGAAUUUCAAUGGACUUCAACGCCAGGGCAGCCAAGAGAAUUACAUUCUGGAUAAUACUCUGAGGAAGAAAUGCUCCCUGUGGUACCGACGUUCACUGAAGGGAAACAAUGAUCGACACCGGCAGAACACAGGCUCUAUGACCAGGGUACACAAGCCCAAACAAACCCACUCCAACUCACUGGUUGAUUACUCUGACCCACAAAGGACCACAAUUGUACUAGAAAAACAAGACAAUGAAACAUUUGGUUUUGAAAUUCAGACCUAUGGCCUGCAGCUGAAGGACAGCUCUGCAGUGGAGAUGUGUACGUUUGUGCGCAACGUGCAGGAGGACAGUGCAGCUGAGAAUGCUGGCCUAACCGCAGGAGAUAUCAUCGUCACUAUCAAUGGGGUCAGCAUUGAGGGAUCAUCUCAUCAGCAGAUACUUGAUCUGAUAGGAGAGUCAAUCAACAGUCUGAAGAUGGAGACUGUAUGUGGGAAUGUAGUGAAGCAGAUAGAGCUGGAGAAGCGCAUGAACCUGCUUAAGCAAUCACUACGUGAGAAAUUGGUGGAGCUGCAAGCACUUACAUUACAGGAAAAGCGUCUAAUGCGAGGUAACUUGAACAACAGCAGCCUCCACCUCUCAAUGGACUGUGCACAGAUUCUGGGCUCCCCCACAGGCCGAUGUGGCCGGCGUUUCUCUAGUGACAGUAGCUACAGGAGUGUGAUGACUGAUGACAGCGACCAGGCCAGUGUGUUUGGGGAUCUGAACUCUCCCAGCCCCUGCAGUGCAUCCAGCACCGCAGACGACGGCUGCUUCUUCUCCAGAGAUUUUCAAUCACAGGACAGCUCGGGCAGAUUUUCAUCCAGCCAUCAUCACCAAUCCCUCGGCCGCUCCAGCAGCUCCAGUUUGGCCGGCAGCACCAGCUCCCUAUCGCCUUCCUGGGACGAAACAAGGAUCUCCUCCUUGUUUGGUACCCUGCCCCGUAAAAGCAGGAGAGCCAGUGUUCGCAAGCACAUCUUCAAGUUAAUUCCUGGACUCCAGCGAUCAGUUGAAGAGGAGGAGACUGGAACAAACACUUAGUGACAUGUUGCUCACAUACUCUGUGUCUACCUGAUACUGAGGGUUAACAAAGUUUCUCCUGCUCUGAACAAGUUACAGAAAGAAAUAGACACCAAUGAAGUGUUUACCCACACACAAGGCCGGGUUAACCCUUUAAAAAUGAUAAGCAUUUUUCUUUUAUGUGGACACAGAGAUGAUGGACAUUGCGGCACUUGGCAUUUGUCAGUGUCAGUUUACCCAGGAGGGCCCUGAGCCGUUAAGGUGAGCCUGGCUCACUGUUGGGCUUAGACUUGUGGUGGCACAGAAGCAUUAUAAAAAUGUAAAAUGUUCUUCCUCUGAACGUGCUUGAAUGAAUGUACAUACAAGAUGGUGAUGUAUGAGUGUGACCAGCAUUAAUCAUAUCAGUCUGAACUGCUGUAGCUGUAUUAUGUAGCAACUUGAAUUUUAAAAUGAGACUGUUGUAACCUAAAAUACAUGAUACUAUAGACACCAUUCAUUUUUCAGGUCAGGUAAACAUUCAAGUAUUUCUGUCACGUUCAGGUGCUGAAAACCAAAACCAAAGCUCUACUCUGUAUAGAUGGCUGCUCAGCUCAAAACAGGAUGUGGGUAGAAGAGGUACUACUUUACUCUUUUCAUUUCCAAAAUAAUUUUCAGGCUGCAUACAACUUACUUUCAGUGUCUGUUUUGUAAAUUCUGAAAUUUGUAUGUUUCAAAUAGAGAAUGUCACGCUUUAUUUUUUGAUAUCGAAUCAAGAUUAUAUGCAUGCAAAAUACUUAAAAAUAAAAUAAAAUAAAAAAUAAACUUGUGACGUCUCAUCAA